UUGACCUUCACGUUCGGACGGAGAGGAGCACGAAAUUGAAGAAUAUGAUCUCUUUAAGGUGAAGACUGAGAGAGAAGGAAUUGAAGCAAUCUUUGGCGGGGAUGUUUUAUCCUAGGCCAACUCUUUCGUUGUACAAGUUUUGAGUUUUACUGGCCUGUCCCACUUUGUCAGUGGUUUUUGGGUGUUCUGAUCAACUGGAUUCUGAAGCUUGUGGAAUUGGAUGGAAGUUUUUUAACACAUCCUGCUACAAAAUAUCCAGUCGCUCGAAAACAUGGGAGGAAGGUCUGGCGGAUUGUAAUUCUAUGAAUGCGGAUCUUGUUGUGAUAAAAAGCCAAGAGGAAAUGGAUUUUAUUUACAGUUUAUUUGUAAAGCCUCUGCAGUCCGGGAGCGCUUGGAUCGGGCUUAAUUUUAAAGGUGGCUCAUUUCUUUGGAUUGAUGGUACUAAAGUGGCGUAUAGAAAUUGGAAUAUCGGGGAGCCAAACAACUUUAAGGGCGUUGAACACUGUGUGGAGACUUUGGUAAACAGCGGCAAGUGGAACGAUAUCGCCUGCUCUGUUAAGAGACCGUAUGUAUGCAAAAGAGCUGGUCAUCUGAUUCGUCCAUCAAGAUUCAUGUCUGCCGAACUCGACAACAGGGAUCACGCUCUUAUAGAUCAGGCAUUUGAAGAAUAUUUCGUCGCUAACGUCACAGAGUGCUUAAAGAGGUGCCUGUCCCGAGAUAAAUGCUUUUCUUUCAACUACGAGUACUUUGAGCAGUAUGGAAAAAGUGUGAACUAA